GAAGCUGCAAACAUGCUCAUCACGUGACCCUGACUCCUCCUCCUCAGACUCCCCUGCACCUGGCGGUGAUCACGCGGCAGGUGAAGGUGGUGGAGGUGCUGCUGAAGGCGGGGGCUGACCCCAGCCUGGUGGACAAAGAUGGCCGCACCCCCCUCCACCUGGCGGCGCUGGCCGGGGACCACAACAUUCUUCGCUUCCUGCUGGCUCACCUGGGAGAAUGCCACGCCCACCUGGUCAACAUGCCCGAUUUCCACGGCCUCCACCCGCUUCACCUGGCCGUGAGGAGGGACGGCGAGCGCUGCCUGCGUCUGCUGGUGGAGGGCGGAGCCAAAAUAAACGAGCCUGAGCAGAAGAGCGGGAACACCCCCCUCCACCUGGCCGUCAGAGAAAACCUGUUCAAGGUGGCCUGCCUGCUCAUCACCGAGCUCCGCGCUGACGUUAACGCCUGCACGUUUGGAGGAAACACGCCGCUCCACCUGGCCGCGAGCCUCAGCUCGCCGACCUUCUGCUCCAUGCUCAUCGCUGCAGGUGCUGAUAAGUCCAUCGAGAACGACGAGCCGCUCUUCUUCAGCUCCUCCUCCUCAGACGAUGAAGAUGAACCAAUCAGAGAAGAAGAGAAAGAGCGAGAGCUCGCCCCAAAGACAUCCAAUCCCCGCAAGAGACCUGCGGGAGGCCACACCCCCCUGGACCUGGCUAAAUGCCAAAAGGUCAGGAAAGUGCUGUCGCCAUCUAAGAGCCCGAAGUCGGAUCGGCGCGGCGGCGGGAACAUCAGACCGACGACCAGCAGCGCUGAAGAGGGGGAGCGCGCGGGGCUCGACGAGGACACGCUGUCGCGGCUCGUGGACGUGCUGAGCGUCGGCGACGUCCCCUGGAAGAAACUGGCGGAGAAGUUGGGCAUGAUGACGCUGACUCACCUGUACCAGGACAGUCCGGCGCCCUGCCGCCAGCUGCUGCGCCAUUACAAGGUGAGAGCCACGCCCACCGCACACGUGCCUCGCUGA